UUUUCAUAAUGAUCCAUUUGGAAAUUAUUAUGUAGGCAAUGAGUAGUGCAUGUUGUUGUUUUUAACUGUCAGGGACCAAUGGUUUGGUCACUGGAAAAGAAGAGGCUUGGAUGAGAGAGGAGGGGAAGAACGAGAAGAGGGGGAGGAGUGAGAGCAGGGGUGGGAGAACGAGCACGUCUCACUGGACACAGGUGCAGCCUGUGCGUGUGUUACCGUUUCGGACGAGCACAUUUGUGUUUGCCAUCCUUAUUCACAAUCUGCGGGUCGAGACUUUUGCCCUCUUCGGUGGUCACCACGGUAAGACGAACACCACGGUCACCACGGUAACCACGAUGGGAGAUAAGGAGGACAGCUCAGGGAGCUUCUCAGAGGAGGCCAAGACAGAGGAGCAGAAGGCCAAGCUCAUCCACCCAAGGCCGUCGCUGAUAUCCCCUGAACUGAAAGCCAUGAUCCGCAUCAGGACCAAGUACCAGGCUCUGAAGAGACGUCGGCUCGACUCAGGUAGACCCUCCACGGGCCCCGACCCCGGCCCACCCACCGACCCAAGUAGGCCUUCCACGGGCCCCGGCCCACCCACCGCCCCAGAGAUCUUCACCUCCCAUGGCAAGCAGGCCGCCCACAGGAGGAGGAGGAGGAAGGGGUCUCGUGUGCUCUUCCCUAACAGCUGUUGCAAGGUCGUCCCCAGUGACAAGGACCGGAGCCGGGCCAAACCUUUCUUUGUCCUCUUCGGUAUCAUCGUAUCCCUUCAGGUUUACAAUGCCAUCGAGAACCUGGAUGACCAUGUGGCCCCGUAUGACCUGGAAGGCCUGGACAAGACGCUGCGCAGGGAAGUGUUUGGCCAGCAAGGGGCGAUAGAAGAGCUGAUGGAGCACCUCCAGGGCUACCUGUCCACCUACGCUCACUCCCAGCCCCUGGCCCUGGCCCUGCACGGCCCCAGCGGCGUGGGUAAGAGCCACCUGGGUCGCCUGCUGGUCCGACACUUCCGCUCAGUGCUGGGAGAAGAGCUGGUGGUGCAGUACUUCACCCUACACCACUGCCCCGUACAAGGUGAUGUGGGCCAGUGCGCCCGAGAGUUGUCCCUCUGGGUGGAGGAGAUUGUGGAGCAUGCCGAGGCUCAGGAGAAGAUCCCUGUCUUUGUGCUAGACGAGGUGGAGUUGAUGCCUGCUCCUUUGCUGGACGUGCUGCAAGGCCUGCUUCAGCCCAACCAGACCAACGAGCGUCUGAACGUCAUCUAUGUCCUCCUCAGUAGUCUGGGGCAGGAGGAGAUCACCAGACACAUACUGCAGAAUGUCUCCUGCACUGCGAAGCCAGCCAGAGCUCUUCUGCGGCAUACCUUGGCAGAGCAUCACCCUCUGUGGGCAGAGGCGGGGUUGGAUAUCGUGUCCCUGACGCUUCUUGAAAAAAGCCAUGUGAUGGAGUGUUUGCUGGAGGAAAUGACACGAGAGGGGUUUUACCCCGACCACGGUCACAUCGAGCGGCUGGCGGAGGAACUGUCCUAUUUCACCACCAUGGGUCACCAGUACUCACAAAAUGGCUGCAAACAAGUGGUGGCCAGAGUCAACCUUUUGUGAGAACAUCCACAGUGUGACAAUAAACAAGGUGUCUGACAAGACAGUUGGCCAAAACCAAUUAAAUCUCAUUUGUGCAACUUCAUUCUUACUUACUUACCUGCUACUCUGUGAAAGAGUGUCACGAUUUUCUCUGUUUGCCCACUCUACCCAAGGAUCUGUUUGUGGUUGGAUGGCAUAACUACCAUUUGUUUUAGCUGGCAUCCCGUGGAUGUCACCUUGGAGUUUCAGUAUGCUAGUCUAGCAUAGAAGCUGGUCUCCAAUUCACCUCAGCGGUUGCUCUGGUCCCUCUGAAUGAUGUUCCAGCUCUGGGUACAGCUGCUCUUUUGCUGUGUAGCUUAAAGAAAACAUCAGGGUGGGGAAGAGUAUUCCUCAUCUGUUCAAGAUGAAUAAAAAAAAUAAAAAAUAAAAUAACAACUCUCCUUUGAUUACUAAAUGGCCUUGAGACAAACGCCAGCGAGCCAGACUGAGGCAGUCAGGCAAAGAGAAGAGCCUAAUGACGUUGAACUCCAUGAACUUGUUUGUGCUCAUUAAGACGAGGCGUCGCGACAUUGUUCCAAAACUCUAGGAGCAACUAUCUUUUUGUUUUUACUUUGAAAACCACAUGCUCGUCGAGGCACGUCCUUCUAUCCACCAUAUCCAAUAAUACCCAGAUAGAUAUUGUUUUCUACCAUUGAGCUCUCAUGAAUUCCUACCAUCUUGAACGAUCUUGGGAUCAAAGCAUUCGAACCAUAUGACAUUGUAUGCCCUAUUCCGUGUGCUCUCUUCUUGAAAAAUAAACCAAAGGUUUACCAAUUGUAGUUGAA